GUUGCCCGCCCCAUGUUUUGGUAGCAAGUAGCAACCAAUGAGCGGCUCUGGUACAACUACUUUUCCUUACUUGUAACUCACUGAUUGGGAGAAUCCUUGCCGCCUCGAAAAUCGGAAAUUGGUAAAUUCUGACUGACAGUUUAGCACCAACUGUAUUCUUUCCCUCUACAAAUUCAUCCCCCCUCAACUGUAUUACUCCAUCUCUGCAUUCUCUCUCUCAUACAAUCACCUGCAUUUAACUUAGUCCGAUCGGCGGCCAUUCUCCAACCCCGGAAAUGGGCUCUGUGAAUCGGUGGUUGAAACCAGAGGUUUAUCCUCUGUUUGCUGCAGUUGGAGUUGCUGUUGGUAUCUGUGGUUUUCAGCUCGUCCGUAACAUCUGCAUCAACCCUGAAGUCAGAGUUAGCAAGGAGAACAGAGCAGCUGGAGUUCUGGAUAAUUUUUCAGAGGGGGAGAAAUACACUGAGCAUUUCCUCAGGAAAUAUGUUCGUAACAAGACACCGGAGAUCAUGCCUUCUAUCAACAGCUUUUUCGCAGAUCCAAAAUCAUCGUAGCUGAUCUGAUUCUUGAAAGCUAGCUAAGCUGCCUUCAGAGUUCAGUCCCGUUUUUUUCUGUUGUAAUAUGUGAUCAUUAGACUACAGCGUUACCCCAUGAUUUGAUAAACAAACUUUUCUCCAUUGUAUCCAAUCAAGUUGGAAUUUAAACUCACUUGCUGUUUGUUUUGGUUUC